AGGGUUAUUUUGUAAGUGGGUUUCCUGUAAGUGGGUUUCAGUGGCUUCCUGUGAAUCAUCGGAGACCCUUUAUAUACUCACACGCUCUCACAGACACUCACACGCUCUCACAGACACUCACACGCUAUCACAGACACGCACACUCUCACAGACACUCACACGCUCUCACACACUCACACAGACACUCACACAGACUCUCACACUCUCAGACACACUCACACAGACUCUCACACACUCUCACGCACUCACACACUCACUCAGACACUCACACUCUCAGACACACACUCUCACACGCAGAGAGAGAAACAGAGAAGUGUUUUAUUAUUCUGUACUAUUCCGGAAUGGCACAAAACAACACUUCUGGGAAUGACGGAAACAGAUUCUCAGAGGGUAUUUUAUUUGUGAAAUAAUUCCUAUUGGGAGAAAUAGAGCGGCGCGGGGAUGACGUCAUCGUGUGCCGGUACCUGGAAUUUAGAACAAGUAUAUAUCGCUGCAGCUUGGAGAUCACUAAGUGGGAGGUGCUUACGCCGCACAUAAGCGGGACUUGCGAAGUGGGCGGUACCUACUUCCAAGUAGGAGAUCCUGAGAUUCAUAUUUAGUAAUGGAACAGGGUCGAAUCAGUACUGUCACGAUUUUGUUGAGCUCCAGGUGGAACUGAGUCUGCUGCCAUCUGUAUUUAUUAUACUCCUGCUGUCCUUUAAAGAGCGCAGAAAGAAGAUCCAUGACUGUGAGAGGCACUUCCGGUGUCUGAGAGGCCGAUUCAGCUUUGUGAUACCCCUGGACUUCACAGGCAAGAUGCAGAACCGAUGGUCUUACGGUUUUGCUUUCGGUUCCGUGACCCCCUUCGUGUUCAAACUGAUGUCCCAAACCCUGCUGACCACUUAUGUGCCGCAUUAUUUAAAAGCUUUGGUGGCUCUGUUAGCUGCGUUGAUGGUAAGCAUCGCGUGCAUGCCGUUAUUCGUCUGUCUUUCAACAAAACACCGAUUGCUUGGAGGAGUCCUGGGGCUGCUGUAUUCACUCAGCUGGUUCGUUGCACAGCUGUGUAACUUGAUCUUUUGCAGAAUACUAAUGCCUAAAGGAGAUGAUUUGGAGGCUUACCGUUUGCGGGCAGGUUGGUUAUUUGAUGCCCCACAGUUACUGUGCUUGGGGUUCCUGGUGUGCCGCUUUGGCUCCAUCAUUGUAAAGGGUGUGCAGAAACGCCUGAGGAAUCACUGCCAGCAGGAGGAAUUGAAGGAGAAUGAGUACAAAUAUGUACAACAUUUACUGAGACGGCCUGCUAAAGUACCGGUGGAGAAGAGCUGGUUCCAGAGGAACGUGUACGAGUGGGAUCCGUAUUUUAAAUUCCCAAACAGAAUCACCGCCACCGUCGUGCUCUGCUUCUACGCAUUGUAUACGGCAGUAGCAUUUGAGAUGAUCUACUCGUGGUGGGUGACCUCACAAUGGAAAAUAGACAAUUCCACAAUGAAUGUAAAGAACUAUUUCAAAAACACCUGGUAUAGCUCAGUAGCUUGUGCCACGCUGACGUCUAUCAUUCACAUCAGCCAGGUGUUGGUGUGUUACAGGAAGCACAUAAAAUCGCUGCGAGCUGGAGAUAAAAAAUACUUGCCAAAGAACUUCAAACUGGACCCUGAUUAUGGUGUGGUGGGGCUUUUGAAGUAUCCUGGCCAUCAGAUCGCCUUCACCGUGUGGGGUUAUCUGAUCAGUCAGUUGGUGAUGUUUGCUCUUGGCCUGGCGUUUGUGUUUCUGGUUAUUAUACCGAUCUCCCUUGAAAGAUUUGACAUAUGGCUGGAGGAUGUUGCCAAGAGUCUGGCGAAUUUCUUCACCUUGCUGGCUCUGAUGUUGCUGCAACGCUUGCUGAGCCACAUAUUCUUCCUGCAAGACAAAACCUCACCUACGGAUGAAGCCAAGCCGUUAGCACUCAACAACAGGAAGGCCUUCCACAACAUUAACUACUUCUUCUUCUUCUUUAACGUGAUCUUGGGCAUAAUGAGCUGCUUACUUCGGUUCAUUAAAAGUGCUGCCGUGUGUCUGAUGUUCCUGUCACGCAUCGAGCGGCCCAUCAUGCCAGAAGGCUUCGAGAAGCAGGACUUGAGUUACUAUACAUGGUUGGGAAUGAUAAUGACGGAUCAUCAUCACACUAAUCCAGUUCUGUUGAGUUUCUGCCACCUGCUGUCCAAACACAGUUCAGAGAGUCUCCAAAAUGGCGAGUACUCACGCUUAAACGCAGAGCCUCUAGCGAAGAACCGAGUUCACACUCGCUGGCUCCUCAUGUACACCCUAGUGAGGAACCCUAAACUCAUCCUGCUGAGGAAGAAACGCGGACACAAAAACGACAAAGAACUCGCCUUCGCCUGGGCCAUCGCAAACACGGCUUAAAAAACAACAACACGGGUCUGCAUAACAUCUUGCAGAUAUUUUUAGCUGUCAUUUUUUUUUACAAGCAAAAAUUUUAUUCUGCCAAAAAAAUAUUAAACAAAAGUACAAGAUCUACCAUCAAAAUAUUACCUUCAUAUAACAUGAGAUAUUUGUUACAUGAGUUAUUAACUUGCUAGUACCAAGUAUACAUUUCCGGUACAAUUCUUUCAGUUUUUAUGUUUUAGUGUGUUUUUUAUUCUCAAAGACUAAAGUUUAUGGAUCUCGAGAUCAACCAAAACAUGUACACAAUGCAAUAAGCUCAGAUCUCUAACUUUUUUAAUGCAUGGCGUUGCCAUAUGGCAACAAUUCAACUGUAUGCAAUUUUUUGAUACAAUAAUAAUACCGUAUUAUUGCAAUAAUACAAAACUUCUAUUUUGUGUAUUAUGUACUAUAAUAAUAUCUUUAUUAUGUACUAUUUUCCAUGUCACAUGACCUGAGUGCUGUUUGCGCUUCCUUUUCUGCAUGGCAUGGUGAAGGUCAUCAUCGGACGAAUCUCAAAAUUUGAUUUUUUUUUUUUUCAAUAUUUAGGUAAAACUGCUUAAAGGAAAAGAAAUUUACACUAUCUGUGUGUUACUAUACCAUUCUAAACAUGUUUAUAUAUUUUGAGCAUUCUGUUCAAUGGUAAAAUGUAAUUGUUGCGAUAAUAGAACUGUGUAUGUAUAUAUUUUGAGUGAGUAAAUUCAGAGAUUUUUUUUUAUUUUAACAGCUGUAACUCCUUUCUUGAAGAUAUAACUACUUUAAAUUUUAAAAUAACUUUUACAUGCUUUCUGGGUGGCAAAAAAAACUGCAGCUGGAAAACUGCAGCUGGAAAAUGCAGUAAUUGGAAUGUAAUCUCAAACAUUUGGUGUUAUUUUUGACUCUAUGAUACUUUCCACCAGUGCACAUUAUUUACAAAUUCCCACUGCCAAAUUAAUUCCAGUUAUAAAACCCCAUAAAAACAUUUUUAUGUAAAUGUAAUACUUAAUGCACCAGCUAUGGUCUCCAGCUCUAGUCUCGUCCACUUCAUCCAGUGAUGAGAAAUGUACUGUAUUGUUCUUUGAGCUCAAUAAAUUUAUUUUUAUGUGUUUUUAUACACUUUCUGAA